UAUUUGGUGUAUACGGAAUCUAUCAGUUUACGAAUUUUACAAUGUUCAUUAAUACGGCGAACAUAGUCAUGAUAGAACCGAAGACGAAUAUUUCUUUCCCAGGAUUCGUCAUAUGUCCAGAAUCCAAUGUGCCAAAGUUUAUAGAUCCAACGAUAGAAAAAGAUAUUUUCAUCGAUCCACCAUUUUCCAUCACUUGCGGUAAAUCCACAGGUAUGGAAUCAAUGUUAUUAAAGGAAAACGCAGAAUUUACGCAGCCAUUAUGCAAUAAAUUCAUUCAGAAAAGUAGUAAUGGAUGUUAUAAAUUUCGACCUAAAAAAGAAGAAAGGAAUAUGUAUGGGCGUGAAGAAUAUGAGGAUAAUAAAUUAAGGGAAAGGGAAACAAACAAGCCCUUUGUUUAUUUUAAUAUCCUACCAAAGGAUGGGUUAACACCAGACGAGAUACCAAUAUUUUAUACGAUUUACUUUGAUCAAUAUAAUGAUACUGAGAAAGAUUAUUCGGCGGAAAACUAUACGGGAAAUUUUUUUCAAUAUUAUAUGCAAACCAUAGCCACAGGUGAAAGGACGAUAUUGGAAUUUUCCGUACUAAUUCACCGGUACUUUAGUACAGUUUUAAUGGGUCAAUUAAGUUCACGACCUGAUAAUACUUCAGUUGAGAUUUCGGUUAACCAAAAGUUCAUACCAUUAAGACGACGUUUUUCUAAUGGUCAGUUGAAAACUCAAUUUGUAAUCAUGCCAGCGAAACGAUAUAUGCGUGAAGAAAUGGAGAAUUACGAAUAUCAACCCAUUUCCAUAGUAUCAAGGCUUGGUGGGUUUUAUGGGGCCGUCGUGGCCUUUUACAUCUUUUUAUUUGGCAUGUCAAAGGUAGAACCUUGGGGAAUAUUUCAAAAGGUAGUGUUUAGAUGUUGGCCAUGUCGCAGAAGUUUUAAAAAACAUUUAGCCACGAGGUAUGUGUCUGCCGCUGGGAUUCCACUUGGUGAGAAUAUUAACGAUCGGCCUGUCGGAACAAGUUUAGAUGAUCGAAUACAAAUUCUCGAACAAUUGCUUAAAGACUAUUAUCUCGAUUCCUAUUACCUUGACGUAUUAAAGUUAACUAAAAUGCGUUAUUAUACUAACGAAAUACGUCAUAACCAAUUAGAAACCGUAGUUCAGAUAAGAGACACUGUUGUAAGAAAUGUUAUACGACAAGAUGAAAAUUACAGACAAUUCGUUAGACGUUUGAGCAGUUGGCCGAGAGUUUUUAACUUUGGAUUACAACGUUUUGGUGAAAGGCCUAAUAAUUCUUCCUUGACGGUUGCUUCUCCGAGAAGAUGGGGUGGGAAUACUUUAGAUGAACAAUUGACCCCAUUACGUGAACAAUUUAGCGAGGACUCUGAUGGUACUUUAGAAAUCGUAACCGAAUAA